ACAUACACACAAUAAAACAUAUUAUACACACAUUCGAAGAAGUUGCUAUAAUCAGUCAAACCCCAAGAGUUCAUUAGCAGCUCAGGAAGAGCGUACGAAAACUAAAUUAAAUGAUCCAAAUAGAAAGAUAACAUUUUCGUUGAAUGAACAAAUGUGCACAUUGAAUAGCGGGCAUCUGACGCGAGAUAAAAAUCACUCAUAUUUAUACAUCUACUUCACGCUACCACUAGAGCAGAGAUGGCCAACACAUUAACUCAACUGCUGCUCGUCAUUGGUUGGUUAAGUUGCGUGAAGUCUGCGACAAGUGAUGACGUGCCAAACCCUUUGGAUGACGUCAUAGUAGCGUUUGCCAAAGGUCAACAGCUCAGAGGCGUCAAGACCCGAUGGGUUACCGGGGAGUCCGUGAACAGGUUUUAUGGGAUACCUUACGCCCUGCCCCCAAUAGGUAGGUGGAGAUCGUUAUAAUAUAAUAUAUGUUGGCAAAGGUUAUAGUAAAAUGCGAUGUCGUCAUACCUGUAGCCAAGUGGCGGCCUGUGUGUAGCAUUCUGGAACUGAAGCAACCUCUGUUUUAGUGUAAUGAUGUUUCUUUCUUUCUUUAAAAAUUAUAUUUACUAUUUAAUACUUUGAGAAAUGAUUCACAACGUCCGAGGUCGUCGUAAUUCAAAUCAUUUAUUUAAAAAAUCCCUAUGAAAUGAUUGCCUGGAACUGGGGAAAUGUCUGAAACAUAAGAUGCAAUUUUUGUAUUUUUAUUAUUCAAUAAAAACAUUACUGCUUUUUUUUUGGUCAACAUUGUAAACUUAAAAUUAAUCAGAGCAUUCAAUAUUUACAGGUUCGAGACGAUUUGAACCACCAGUUGCCGCACUUGAGUGGACAGGGGUCAAAGAUGCAAGGGUCCCGGGUGUCAUCUGUCCACAGACAUCAAAGGAAGAGAGUCAACGGCUACAAUCUGAGGACUGUCUGACUCUAAGCGUCUUCACUCCGGAUCUCAACGCGUCACUUCCUGUUCUGGUGUGGAUACACGGAGGGGGUUACAAAGCCGGUUCUCAAUUUAAUGACGGAGAUGCCUCGACCUUGACCCGAUACGGCAUCGUCACCGUAUCUAUCAACUAUCGCCUCUCACCUUUUGGCUUCUUGUCUACCGAGGAUGACGUCAUGCCAGGUAAUUAUGGCAUGUUGGACCAGGUGCUGGCAUUGAAAUGGGUGCAGAAGAAUAUCCAGUCAUUUGGAGGUGACCCCAACCAAGUGACCAUUGGAGGGGAGAGUGCCGGAGCUUUCAGCGUGUCAUUGCAAUGCGUCUCACCGCUGUCUAAAGGUCUCUUUCGUAGGGCCAUAAUGGAGAGCGGCUCUUCCUUCACCCUAGAGGCAGUUGAAAGAAAAGGGAAACGCACACAGCUCAAAGACUCUACACGAGCGAUAGCGACCAGUGUUGGAUGCUUCAGCAACACAUCCUCUGAACUGCUCCUGUGUCUGAAAGGCAUUGACGCCAGUCGCCUACUACUAGCAGCUGAUGCUACGGAGAAAAGCUUGGGCAACUCACUUCUUGGAGUACCAAGGGUCGAAACAGUUUAUGGGUUUCUUCCAGAUUAUCCGGUCAACUUGAUUUCUAGCGGCAACUACAGCAAAGUGGACACCCUGAGAGGAUUCAAUUCUGGUGAAUGGUCGUUUGGUAUUCAAGAUGAGGACAACGAUGGAAUAACAAAAGAUGAGUUUGCAAAACAAAUAGAAACUACUUUAUCUUAUGUUCAGAAUAGCCAGGUAAUAAAAACAGUGGAAUCAUCAUAUCUGAACAACGAGACAGACCCAAUAAAGAUUCGCGCCAUUUUGGUGUCUGCUCUAGCUGAUCUUCAAUUCGGUGCACCGUCUGUACUCGAACUGACCAAAAUUGUUGACCAGCCGGGCACCCAGCAUUACCUCUAUGAGUUUGACUACAUCCCCAGCGGCAGCACGCGACCAAGUUGGAUGAGAGUGGUGCAUGCUGAGGAGCGGCAGUUCGUCUUCUUCGACCCCGACUGGACAUCAAGAUCCGACUCGGACAAGACCGUGGGACAACGUGUGCAGACGACGUGGACAAAUUUUAUCAAAUAUGGCGAUCCGACUCCACCAUCGGCAAAUUCAUCAACCGGAAGUGACGUAGCUCGAUGGAGUAAAUUCAGCAAAAGUAACUUGGAGACUUUACUCAUAGAGGCAAAGUCCACCGUAGUAAGAUUUCCACGUCCUUUUAUUAUCUCCCUGUUCGAGCAGAUUCUCCAGAGCCUAGAGCGAGGGUCUGUUUCUGAUGUAAUUAUUGGUUGAAUUUUAUUGUUCUAAAAUUAAUAAAUAUGUGUUGUUUGUAAUGUUUUCUUUUUUCUUUAUUUAAAACAAUACCAUUUAAGAAAUGUAAAAUAAAAUAUAUAUGAAUACGAAGAUCUUGAUAAUUUAA